AUGGAAGGACUUAAGAGCACAGACAUUGAUGAGGCUCUUUCCACAGGACUCACCUUGGUGUUGGCAUCCCUGCUAGCCGCCCUCCUGCUGCCGCUCAGCUCGGUACGGGCCGCCCCAGCAUCGCCCCUGGGCUCCGGGGAAGGGGCUAAUGAUGAGGCUAAUGAUGGCGCUAAUGAUGGCGCUGCCGAACGGUCCGUGUUUGCUGUGCUGAACCCUGUGGCCCUGGCCAAACUCAUUGAGCGAGAGGCUGCGUCACUCCAGAUUAAGCUAUGUGAUAAUCAUGGAGUCUGCGAUAACAGUUUAGAAAUGCUGGCGGAAAACAACCUGCAGCUCCCUAAAAUAUCCACUGAAGAUAGGUGCUUCUCCUUGGGAUUCCAAAAGGACAAAUGCCUAAAUAAGAUUCAUCGUGACCUGUCAAUAUUUAAGAUCUAUUUAGUGCAUGUGAAGGAGACUUUCAUAAGCGAGAAAAACACUGUGGAGUCCUUACAGUACAAGACACAAAUUCUAGCAGGGGCAAUUAAGAAGAUGAUGAAAAGAACUGAAACUGAGAGUGAUGACAAAGGAACCAAUAUCCAGGUCCUCCAGGCUCUAAAGUCAGAGAACCUUUGGAGACAGCGAGUCACAAACCGACUUAUUCUGCAAGCUUUUAUUGAAUGUAUACAGAAAACUGCAAGAGCAGUACGAUAUAUAGGUACUUUCCACGGUGGAAAUAAGAUUGGGGCAUAAUUAUGCCUCUUCUCCUAUACUUUGCUACUAGGUAGCAUGAAACAAUAAUGUUCUCUACUGAGAACUAACUGCUUUAUAAUGAUAUACUCUUUAAGUAUGAAAAGAUUAUUAUUUUAUUUAUUUUAUUUUUACACAGUUAUGUUUUAGUUUUUAUAAAUAACUUAAAGUAAUUUUAAAUAACGUAUUUAUUGAUAAAUGUAUUCUGCAUAAAGAUUGUUUUAAUACAGUGACACCAGGUUAGUUAUGGUCUGCACAUGAGGCAUAUCAAGGAAUAACAUCAAUAACAGGUUUUUUAAUUUUAAGCUGAUGGCAGACGUGGCGUAGGGCUGAUAUUUUCAA